UCGGCAUAAUUUUGACAUUAUUGUUUGAAGAAAAUUGGUUUUGAAUGAUUCAACAUAAUAGUUGCAGUUAAAGUUUUGGAAAUAAUCAAUUAAAAUAUCUGAAAAUGGCACCUCUAGAAGACGUAGAAAUGAAAAGUGUAGAGAGUCCAGCAGCCACUAGCGACGUAGAGAUGGCCGAUGCAAAAAAGGAUGGAGAUGUUGUAGCUGUUCAAGACUUACGGGAACAUGUAAGACAAAUAGACAAGGCAGUAGCAUCUAAGGAACCUAGAUUUACUAUGCGCGUUUUGAGAUCUCUUCCAAGCACUCGUAGGAAGCUGAAUGGAAAUGUACUUCGCGCUAUUAUAAACCAGUUGUAUCCAGCAAGUCCUGAGAAAGAAGCUUUGUUGGUGUUUGUUGAAAUUCCAUCUCCAGGGUCAAUAGAAAUCGACGCACCACGCUCUCGAAGUGCUCCUAAGGUACCAGUCACUGAAGUGGACGUCUACUUACAUUUGCUUGUGUUAUUGCGCCUGUUGGAUACAAACAAGCUAGAACAGGCCGCCGAAUGUUCUCAACAGCUGAUGAACAAGAUCGUAGCCCAGAACAGAAGAACUUUAGACCUCAUUGCGGCGAAAAGCUACUUUUACCAUUCGAGAGUAUUUGAACUCAACAACAAGCUUGACCUAAUCAGAGGCUUACUUCACGCUCGUCUUCGUACCUCGACACUCCGCAACGACUACGAGGGUCAGGCAGUAUUAAUCAACUGUCUGCUGCGUAACUAUCUUCACUAUUCCUUAUAUGAUCAAGCGGAUAAAUUGGUAAGCAAAUCUGUUUUUCCAGAAAAUGCCAGUAACAAUGAGUGGGCCAGAUUCCUAUACUAUCUCGGUAGAAUAAAAGCGGCUCGUCUGGAGUACAGUGAUGCUCAUAAACAUUUGGUCCAAGCUUUGAGGAAAGCUCCACAAACAGCAGCUGUUGGUUUCCGCCAGACUGCUCAAAAACUUGCAAUCGUAGUUGAACUGCUGCUGGGAGACAUACCAGAGCGAGCAAUAUUCAGGCAGGCACCUUUGAGAAAAGCCUUGGCUCCAUAUUUCCAGCUGACCCAAGCUGUCAGACUUGGUAACUUGCAGAGGUUUGGUGAAGUGUUAGAGAACUUUGGCACCCAAUUCCGUAAUGACCAUACUUUCACAUUGAUAUUACGUUUGAGGCAGAAUGUCAUUAAGACUGCAAUCAGGUCCAUCGGGUUGUCCUAUUCAAGAAUUUCUCCGAAAGAUAUUGCCAGGAAGUUGGGCUUAGACUCUGCUGAAGAUGCAGAAUUUAUUGUGGCUAAGGCGAUUCGUGAUGGAGUCAUAGAAGCCAGCCUGGACCCAGAAAAGGGUUAUAUGAGCAACAAGGAGAGUUCAGAUAUUUAUUGCACCAGGGAACCACAGUUGGCAUUCCAUCAGCGUAUUUCUUUUUGCCUCGAGUUGCAUAAUCAAAGUGUGAAAGCGAUGAGAUAUCCGCCCAAGUCUUAUGGAAAGGAGCUUGAAAGCGCUGAGGAGAGGAGGGAAAGGGAGCAGCAGGACUUGGAACUCGCUAAGGAAAUGGCAGAGGAAGAUGAUGAUGGUUUCCCCUAAACUUUCUAUUAUACAUAUUGAAAAUCAUAAAUUCAUACUAACAUUUUAUGUAGAAUUUAUAAUAAACCUUUGAAUUAAUU